CUCCUUGAUACGCGCAAAACAACCUUCAGUCUGCUCUAAAGAAAAAAAAAAAUUUAAGCAAUUUUUUAAUGCCAAAUGUAUAUUUAGGAAUGUUCUCAUCCUCUUCACCCUUGUGCAUCAUCAAGCGGAAUGGCCCUUCUAAACAAAGAUCAACCAAUAAAUUUAAUUUUGGUUCAGCAAACUGUGCAUUUAUAAUAUUAAAAUCUGAUCAGUGAGAGCCCCAUUAAUCCUUGGGUUUAAUCACCUUAAAAGUUCAAUGCAGCCUCCUACCUGAAUGGAUGUCAAUAUAGCAGAUACAUCAUAUGUUGGACUCCACCUAUUUUGUAAAAUAUCUAGACAUAUGCCACCAUCAGCAUACACAUUAGGAUGGAACAUCUUUGACACAAAUCUUACUGUAGGUGGCUUGUUAGGAUAUUCCUCUGUGAAUUCUAUAGUUAAUUUAAAAGUUCCAUCUUCAAAAGGUGUAUCAUGAGGACCAAAUAUCACAGCAUUCCAUAUCAUAAUAUUGUUAUCAGUUGGGGCCCCACUCACUCCAGUAGGUGGAUCUUCUUGAAGUCUCUUAAAGUCUCUCAUGAGACGUCUUCUUGCUGGUGUGGACAUCGUUCAUACGCUGCGUUUCUAGCAAAACUCUAAAAAAUAGGCCUAUCUAAUGAGCUGAUUGAGAACGUGUUCCGUAACAACUGGAAUAAACUCACAAAAUAACACGUUCAGUUUUCCAUUAUUCCAGAAAUAACACUUUGAGUUCUGACGUUACACAAGGCGUAUUUUAACUAGUCAAUUGCAGGGUUGCCAGGUAGUCGAAUGAAAAUCACCACUAGAGUUCUCUGGAAUAGUUUCCUUCAUCACUGUCUCGUCGUACCGUCACAUGCGGUAUCCGUAUGCUAAACUUAAAUGCCUUUUCAAUAAAACGUAUUAAAAGUUCAGACGUGAUGAAGUGUUGUAAUAAUUUCAUUUAAAUUGUGUUUCGCCAAGGUUAUUGUACAUUCUAGUUGAUGCCUGCUUUUUUCUUGCGCUGCUGAAGGCCCCGUAAGAAGAUUGGAUACACCACUUUCGUAAACGUCACUAAGUAUAAUGGCAUCAAGUUCUGUGAGUCAAGAAGAUUUGGAAAAUGAUUUUGAACUUUCUUCUCGUCGAUCACGAAUUCGAACUGCUCGAGCUCGUACUGUUAAUCCACCAACAAGGCUUGAUCCAGGAGGUGGAGAUGCUGAUGACACUGGAUCAAGUGAAAUAAAACAGUCUGAAUCUCUAAACAUAAGCAGCAAUUUUCCUGCGGAACAUGAUGCUAGUCCCAAGCCUCUUAGCCGUGCCAAGGAGAAGCGAGUCAACAGAACGAAUCAUAUGAAUAAGGGAAAACAGCAGCAGCGGGAUCGUAGGAAACUUCGAGAGAAAAGGAGAAGUACAGGAGUGGUCCAUUUACCCUCGACAGAGUCUACUGGAGGUAGCACUGGUGAAGAUGAAGAUGAAGUACAGUCUAUGACUGCUGAAACUCGGCGAAACACACAGCAUAAUGAACUUCUAGACCGUGAACCCGUUGAAGAGAGAGUUUCUCAUAAAACAACAUACCCUCAGAGGAGGAAUAAAAGCCCGUCAGAUCUUGAGGCUGAUGAUGAAGACAACCAGGAGUUUGACAGCCUAAAUCAGUCUGACUCAACUGUUAGUAGUUUGGUUCAUCCAACUGAUCCGCCAACUCGUCCACGCCCUGGCACACCUGCUGGUGAUAAUCCUGAUGAGGUCAAGAAAAAGAAAGCAAUUAUUUUUCCUGAAUGCCAGCAACAGUGGCUUUUCCUUCCCCGUACUCUUCCUCCACUCUGCGCCUAUACCAAUACAGUCUUCCCCACUUCUUCAGUUUCACCUCAAUUUUGCCUUGACGCGUUGGAGAUUGCAUUAAAAUAUGAAGUUCGUACUGCAUGUUUUAUGUUCUUGCCUGAAGAAACAAAUGCUUUGAAAAUACUUCUUCUGGAACGGGCUCAGGAAGAGAACAGACGGCUUCUCUCUCUCCUGGAGGACAGAGACCACAAAAUUGCUGCUUUGGAGGCUCGCAUUUCCCAGCUGCAAAGGGAGAUGGCUCUGGAGAAGGAGAGAUUACGAGAAGAAAAUACUGCUCUAAUACGUGCCAUGACAUCGCUUGCCACCACCAAGUGAAGUCAACUUUGAGCGCUUGGCUUUAGCUUCUCUUGCAGCUUGUAAUUAUCCAAUGGGAGGUUUAUUUACCUGAGAGUACAGAAUAAAUCACAAGGUAGCUGGAAAUGGAUAUAUAAUAGGUGCGUCUCUUUAUUGGGAAUGAUGGGAUAAUUACCUAAUGUUAAAAAACAUGUUCGAGGUCGUUAUUUCAUGAUGUAAAUUAUUUAUGAAAUUGUGAAUGAAUAAGCAGGUUUUGCAAUUUUAUUUUAGCUUCAUUAACCUUCUUAAAUGUAUCUCGCAUUACUAUUUUAAAAUAGUUUUAGUAUUUUCAGUUAUGUUUACAUCUUAGAAAAAACAUAGUCUUGUAUGCACAUUCCAUUUUAAACUAAAAAUCUCUGCUUCCAACUACCUUUGCAUUCCUCAUUUUUAAUUUUAUUGUAUAUCUUACCCAAUACAGAAUACUUAUGCAAACAGUAUAUAAAGAUUGUUCUUGGCCAUGUCCAAUAUAAUUUAUAUGUACUUAGAUGGGAUGCAGCUACUUACAGUAAUUUUCUACAAUGUAAAUUAGCUGCACAAAAAAAGAAUACUUGAGAUACAUAAACAUUUUAUUUCAAUUAUAGGAUCACAAUGGUGAAAUUGAACUGUGUAUGUAGAGUACUAUAACUCUCUUUAUAGAAUUUAGUAAUUAUUGAUGAAGGGUCAAAUUCAGUCAAAUUAAGAUAGUUAUUUUACUCGUUAAGUUCUUCUAAUUGCAAAUAAUUGAUUCUAAGUGAUUCUUUUAUUUGAAUAUAGUUGAUUCUAAGUGAACACUCCAAUUAAUGUUAUAUUAUAAUACAUUAAAUAUACAACUUUCUGAAUUCAUAAAUAAAUGCACACAGUUCAGUUGUAAUAGGAGGGUCUCAAAUUUUAAAUGGCCUUGUACUUUGUGAUUACUAUUCUCUGUUUAUCUUAAUGUUGUGCUGUUUAUGAGCAGAAUUGUAAAUUAUAAGAGGAUUAUUGAUUGAUGUAGGUAUUGUUAAAUUGUGGAUAAUUCUCCGAAAAAUGUGUCUUUUUGACAAAUAUAUAAUUACUUUUUAAGUUGCUUUUAAUUACAUAUUUGCAUAUAUUUUAGAAAAAAUUGGAGUUUACUUUUGUAUUGUAAUGUUCUCUAUUUUUUCAAUGUAGAAUUUAUAGUAAAGGGAUAGAUUUUAUCUCAUUAUGCAGCUGCUAUUUGUAUAUUGCAAAAACAAAGAUGGUAAUAAAAUAAAGUGUCUUACACACAUCGAUAUUACUUGUAUAGAACAAAAAUGUUGUUCAAAUCUGAUAAAUAGAAUUAGAAAUGGAAAAAUGGAAAUUGCCUUUGUGUAGUUAAAUUUUCCUUAAACUGUAAAUAGACAAAAUUGUAAAGUUCAUCACUUACAACAAUAUUUCAAUUUUUUUCUUAGUGCCUUCCUGUACUUCAAUGUGUUGUUUUUUCUGUUUUGGCAUGUGAAGAUAAUUUUCCAUAGUUCCCAUUUUUUAUUAUUUUUUUAAUUGCAGUAUAUUUUCUAUUACUUCUGACUUUUUAAAUUGAGAAUUAAAGUUUUAUUCAAUUUCUCACUAUUAAAAACGUUUGAGAUUUAGAAAAGCUUAAUUUAGAACUGUUCUUUUGCACUUGGAGUAUUACAAAGCUCUGUUCUAAUACUGUCAUGGACUGUGCUGAACUUGUAUCAGCAAUUUAAAAUAUAUAUAAUUGUUCCUUAUUAAAUUGUUCUUCCUUUCAUAUUAAAUUCGUAAAAAGAAAAAGACAAUUUAUUAUAUCGAUAAGGUUAAACAAGAUGGAAAACAAUAAAAUAAAUAUUUUUUGCUAUUUUAAUUUAAUUUUUUGUAUUAUACAAUGUGAUUUUUUAUAGACUGAAUGUCUAAUGACUUUCUGGGAAUGAUAUCUUAUUGUCAUGGACUGAAUUAUUAUUAUUAAUUAUAUCUUUCUAAUAUAUCUUGUCUAUUUGUUAUAAUUGAUAUAAAUAUUUUGAAAUAUUGGUUUAGCUUUAUUGCAAUGGAAGAGUUGUGUAUAGCUUUCCAUGAUCAAAUAAAGCACUGAAAAAUAAUUUCAAAUUUCUCUUAAAGAAAUUCAAUUUUGAAUUAUUGUUCAUUGUUUCUGAAAUUGAAAACAAGGGUUCCAACUAAUUCAGUAUUUUAAUUAUAAUUUUUUUACUGUAUGUUUCUGAUUCUUUCAAAUAAAAGAACAUAAUAUUUAGAUCAAUGAAAUAUAUUUACAGAAUAUUAUUAUGGUCUUUUUAGAAAGUAAUCAUUAUUUUAUCAAGUAUCUGAUAUCCUUAGAAUAAUAUUUUAUUUUGUUAAUGUUAGUGAUUAAUAUGCAGUGCUCUGAAAUACAAUUGUUUUGUGUUCUUUGGAGAAGUAUGUUGUGCGUCUCUUUCAUUUUAAUGCAAAGAAUGCAAUCUGUAUGAGUAGGUUUAUUUAUGUUGACUAAUGUAGGUUGUCCAUUUCAUUUCUUGUAUAUUGUAUUAAAUGAAUAUGAUUACACCCAUAUUGGUAAUUUUGUUUUUCAACAUGGGGAUAAAUAUUGCCAUAGUACAUAUGACCUAUACUGUCUUGUCCUCAG